CAGUCGCGCGCUCCUGAAACGCAGUUUCCGCGAAUCGGUGCUUGACGAAAAAAGUGUGCGUGCACGGCGUGUUACCGCGAUCGAGAUGCCAAUCAAACUACGGACCACUGAUUCGCCAAUCAACCUGUUGCUUAAAUGAAAAUAAAAGAUUCGGAGCGCAGCAUUUUCCAAAUGCAGUCAAUAUGGAUUCCCACGUUGGUCUUGACUAUAUCGUGGAUAAUCCCGAUUACUGCGUCAAGCUUGCCUCGGCCUUGGACACCGCUUGUCCCUCAGUCAAGAAGCAAGUGGUAGAAUUGCUUUCGGCGCUGUGCGUUUACAGUCAGGAUGGAAGACAGAGAGCUAUCGAUACUCUUCACGCGUAUCAGAAACGAAAAAACGAACGGUAUCGAUUGCGAAUCGUGGUGGAAGAGUUGCAGAACGCGACUGCCGAAGACUAUAGGACUGCGCUAUUGGCAUUCAUAAACUGUUUAGUCAUCUCUACCUCAGUGCUGAAGGAUCGCAUAAGAAUUCGCAACGAGUUCAUCGGUUUGAAGCUUCUUCCGAUUUUGAACGAGCUGCGGAAAAGCCACGCACCGGAUCUGAGAGUGCAACUCGAUGUCUUCGAUGAUCAACGAGAAACCGAUGAGGAAUUGUCGAACCACGGACCACCUGGAAUCGAUCUCUCCUCCCACGUCGAUGUCUUUUACGCGAUUUUUGGACAAAUCGCGGACACUCCGCAAGAAAUACCAUUUCUGAGCAUUCUUCAACAUCUAUUGCGGCUGGAUCCCAAAGAUGCUGCUAGCGAUUUAGCGUGGGACACGGCAGAGACACUGGUCCAUAGAGCCACGUUAUUGGAGAAUCGAGAAGACGCCACCAAGUUGUUGCGAUCGCCUAGUCUUCAGACGAAUCUCUGCUGUCACUGUCGAGGUACCGAACAAACCUGUGGAACCUCGCGAAAAACAUCGUUGCCGGUGAACAAUUCGGCGCUACCUCUGCCACCUUUACCGCCCCCGCCACCACCUCCUGCUCCCUUUGAUCCGUCAGCUGCAAAUUCGUCGAAUCAAAGUCGCGUUUUACCGCCGCCUCCACCUCCGCCUCUUUACACCGGCAACGCAACGUACGCUGAUGCAUCGAUGGAGCCACCGCCAAUGCCGCCACCCUUGCACGCGUUACCGGUCACACGAGUACCCACCCCCGAGCCACCGAACAAUCACGCUAGAUUGCUCCCGCAACAGGAAAUACCCACCCCCAAGGCUAAAAUGAAAACCAUCAAUUGGAACAAGAUACCCAAUCACAAGGUGAUAGGGAAACGUAACAUUUGGUCCUUGGUUGCCGACGAACAUCAAAACUCUCCUAUGGCGGAUAUAGAUUGGGCAGAAAUGGAAGGGCUAUUUUGUCAGCAAGUGCCACCGAUAUUACCAGCCGCCUCGUGUACCUCCUACGGAGCAAACUCUGACGCCGAAAGACGACGCAGGGAACCGACCGAGAUCGCGCUUCUCGACGGCAAAAGGAGUCUGAACGUGAAUAUAUUUCUAAAGCAGUUUCGAAGUUCGAACGAAGAUAUUAUUCGGCUGAUAAAGGAUGGCAGUCACGACGACAUCGGGGCAGAAAAGUUGCGUGGUCUUCUGAAAAUUUUGCCCGAGGUGGACGAACUAGAGAUGCUCAAAAGCUUCGACGGUGACAAGUCGAAGCUCGGAAACGCCGAGAAAUUUUUUUUGCAACUCGUUCAAGUACCGAACUACAAGUUGCGUAUAGAAUGUAUGCUGCUGAAGGAAGAAUUCGCUGCUAAUAUGAGCUACUUAGAACCCAGCAUCAAUUCGAUGAUCCUAGCCGGUGAAGAUCUGAUGACGAACAAGCCGCUACAAGAGGUGUUGUAUAUGGUUUUGGUUGCUGGAAAUUUUCUCAAUUCGGGUGGUUACGCUGGGAACGCUGCCGGAGUAAAGUUGUCUUCUUUGCAAAAAUUAACCGAGAUCAGGGCGAAUAAACCAGGAAUGAAUCUUAUACAUUACGUAGCUUUGCAAGCCGAAAGAAAGAGGAAGGAUUUGUUGGAUUUCGCCAAGAGUAUGACCACUCUGGAAGCUGCCACGAAGACCACAACGGAGCAAUUAAACAACGAAUUUAACGCACUCGACACAAAGAUCAAAAAGAUCAAGGCACAGAUUAAUUUUCCUUCGACGGAAACCGACAUUCAGGAACAGAUGGCACAAUUUUUACAGAUAGCCGAACAAGAGAUGUGUCAAUUAAAACGAGACAUGGAAGAACUCGAAACCUUAAGGCGAUCGCUCGCUGAAUUUUUCUGCGAAGACAGCAAUACGUUCAAAAUCGAGGAAUGCUUCAAGGUAUUCCAUCAGUUUUGUCAAAAAUUCAAUCAGGCUGUCGCGGAAAACGAGAGACGUAGAAUUCAAGAGGAACAAGUAUUGGCAAGGCGCAAGCAACGAGAAGAACAACUCUUGGCUAAAAAACGAUUACUGACCAACAACCAACAAGUCGAAGCGCCAACCUCUGAAUCCGAAUGCAAUUUAAUCACUUACGAUCCUUUCGAUCUUGCCAGCGGUUUACCUCAAAGGAAUUACGGUCGAAGUGACGUCAAGAUCAAAAGAUUGCAAAACGGUGGUGUCACCUCCGAUGAAGAUGUCUCGAUAACCGGAUCACCGAAUAUUCGACGACGCUUAGGUUCAUGUUCCGGUGGAAUCGUCGAUCAACAAUCUACCAAAGAAGAAACAUAUUCACCAGACGUCACACCGAACGGCACGCUUCGUCGUCGAAGAAGUCGAAUACCUUGCGAAGAUGACGACGGUAAUCUGAUGGACUUUUUAAGGACGUCGGGACAAGACGGUAGUCGUGAGAGAAAAUCCUGGGGUAGCUUAGAUCGCUCGUGGGCGAGAAGAGCUCGCGGUCAGUCAGGUCGCAGAAGUGACCUGUUAAACGCGGAUAUCUCGGGUGAUCGCGAAAGACCGAGUUCUCCGUCACCUUUAAUCGAGAACAAGCCUUUCUUGCAAGAGGAAGAAACGAAACCUGCAGGGAAAGCAUGGCGGCAAAAAAUCGAGGCGUGGUUAUCGGAGAACGAAAAGGAAGAUCGUGCAGGCGAAGAACUUCAAAGGAAAGCGAGACAGUUGCAUCACGCGAAUCGACGGUCCUACGAAGACUCGGAAAGCGAAGGCAAGACGAAUACUCAGGUCGAAAGUGGUUCCACGCGUGAAUCAUACUCCGAAGUUUACGACUGGCGUCCGUCUGUCGAGAAGACAGACGUGAUGCGUACGAUGGAAGCUAUCGAAGAAGCCGAAACGCAACCAUCGCAGAAGGAUAAAUCUCCGUGGCGAAAAUCAAGCCUAAACGUACCAAAUAGCAUGGAAGAGACUGACCCGCGUUAUUCCCGUAGGCUAAGAUCCAGACUCAGCGCAGAGAACGUUUUAACUUCGAGCACCUUGCAGUCCAUCAAAGAGGAAGAGAGGAAAAAGAACAAGAUCAAUGAUAUCGCGAGCUCGGGUACUCAGGAUGAAUUAACGAUAUAUUUACGGCAACCUUACGGCGAUUCUCAGCUCGCUGGAUCACGAAGAUUUUCAAAGCUCAAGAAGGGCACGGACGAAGAGAAAAUGAUCGACAAAAUAGAGAUCGAUUCCGAUAAUAUAGAAACACCACCGGCAACUAGGAAGCUAUUCAGUCCACCGAAAGAAGUGAAGCCGGUUGAGAAAGAACCGUGCAAAAGGGAACGUUGCAACGGUUCUUUCCAAAGCAGAGAUUUCAAGAAUUCGACGGCGAAGAAUGCAAAUAACGCAGACUUCGGGACAGGUAAUUUCGAUCGUUACUCUGCGGCAAGGAGAACGCGAAGAUACAAGAAGAACCAAGACUCGGCAGAGAAAGAGUCGAAGCAACAGGAGGUUGCCGGUCCUGAGUCGUUCGAGGAGAAACCGGCUGAACGUCCGCAGACUCUGCCACUGUCCGAAGAGGGGUGCGGCGAAGGUUCCAUGCUGUCUGUUUGGCAAGAGAAAUCAAAGCAGCGAGGAUCGUCGAGUUCCCUCGAUAUCGACGCGGCACUGGCAGAAAUCGCACGCUCCGGCGAGGAUCUUCAACGACUGUCGCGGCCAUUAACGCACCGAAACUCGCGACUUCCGGUCAGUCAACCAUCGGCUGUCGUCGCUGUAACGAACACCGUUCUCAGCCCCGUAAUGCAAGAGUCUCGCCCCAGGGAACCGUCCCUAACCGUACUCGCUGAGAGAGCUGUGAGCAGCCGCGAACGACAAAGAAGCAUGAUCGAUCCUAGUCAGGUAAAAGAAGCGAUCAGAUUGACCAACAGUCCGCCAAGUCAGGUAAACGAAAGUCAAAACGUCUCCUCGCGAUCUCGAAAUCAACCUCGACCUUCCGCACUGAACGAACCUACCGACGAUGAAAUCGAUCUAGCCACCGAUUCGAAUCGUUGCCAAGUAAACGAUUCCGGUAGCGAUAUUAAUCACGAUAAACGAUCCGAAUCGACUGUGCGAAACCAAAGCAAGAUGCAAGCCUUGCAGUCCAACGCGGAUGGCUCCGUGUUUCAUCCUAGAUUCGUGCCACCUGAUAUAAAUGUCACCUCGUCCAGCGCCAACUCUAACUCCAAUUCCACUUCCUCCUCCUUCUCCCUAUUAACCCCAUCUGGAAAAGUUCGAGAUCAAGAGAUGAACGACGAAGGAUUCGAGGAAACGCAAAGUUUGGUGUCCGAAACACUUAGUCAAGAAACAUCUUCUGGAAACUACGAGACGGACACUCACGACUCGACGCGAUGCUCGCCAGCCGAAUUACGCUAUGCCGGAACCGAUAGCCACCCUCCCAUUCGCGAUAUCAUCGGUGUCGAAGUGCCUGACCACAGUCCCAGGAAAUCGAUCGCGAAUACGUUAAAAUCGACGUCAUCGGCCUCGUCGUCUUCGUCAGCGAUCAAAGGGUUCGAGAAACGAGCCACCUCGAUGAAACACGUCGCAGAGAAAUCCAGCUUUCUUCCGAAACGAACAAACAGUUUGAAGCGUGACGCUGCUGUCAGAAAAGCCGAGUCUAUGCAACGAAAUUCGAACUUGACUUAUCAAUUAAGCAACAAUCAAACGAAGAACGAGGUAGAACGUUCAGGAUCGAGAAGCAGCCUUCGCAGUUCGCGAAGUUCCUUGAAUAGCGCUACGUCUGUGAACACCGUGCGAAAUUUAGUUCCGAACCACGCGCCUCUCCGUACUUACACGUCCGCGAUUUGCGCGUUAACCAACGAUCUGCGAAAGAGUCCGUCGCAUAGUCCGUUACCACCAAAAAGUAACGAGAAACGUCGAACGAAUCCACGCGCGGUAGUCACUAGAAUACCUGCCAGCAGAAGCAGUAGCAGCGGAAGCAGCGUGGGUCCAACCGCUCGAAACGUCCGUAAAUCUCUCGGGUCGACCACGGACGUGCAAAAAGGAAACAAAGGGCGGACGAUCGCUUCGCGAAGCAGCAGCAGCGGAAGCGGUAGUAGUAUGGGACCACAAUCGUUAUCGCUAAAUCGGACCAACGUUGAGAAGGUAUCAUCAUCGACUACGAAAAGUAAGUUGAUUCAUCCGAGAGCCGGAACCAGAAAUCACAGUUUUAUGAGACCGACGGCUGCGAGUGUUAACAAAGGUUCUAUUCCGAAUCUACCCAGAAGCAUCAAAAGUUUGGUCAAGUAACGACUCCGACGAAAAGAAAUCGCUCAACGCCGAGUAACUCAGUCUCGUCGAUAGUUAUCGGCGAUACUGUUUUCUCGUAACACGUUUAUCUUUAAAUGCUUCGAAAUGUACGCGUGACUUUUAAAUCGUUCGCCAUGAUCGUCACUUCGAGGUCGUUUAAAGAUUACUCAGCGUCAAGGGUGCAGUGACAGCGACAUGGUCGCGUUAAGAUUAUUUAAAAGUUAUUGAAAAUCGGGCCAAGUCAAUUGAAUUUUUAUACGCGUAAUACAAACACCCGUACAUCUCGUAACAUAGUGGUGCUUGUGUAGAAGGAAAGCAUUGAAUUCCAGCACCGUUGUAUUACUUUACGUGAACGAUUGCAAGGAGGUGGAAAUUUUCAGGAUGACUCUGUAACUAUAUGGCAAUUUCUACGCCAAAAACGGUUAUUACGUCAUAAAAAAUUCAGAGAUAGAAGAAAUAUUGUAAAGUACCGAUCGUAUAUCGCUGACGAUCCCCAGUUCGUUAAAUGAGAACUAUGGAAAAUAUAUCACAUGUGGCAUUACGUUUUGCAGAAAUGUUCUGCAACUGGAGAACCGCGUUCGUCGAAAUGUAAGGUUAUUCGCAUCGCGUGAAAGGCAAAUAAAUUAAAUACGUUUGUAGUUCGAGUAGUCGCUGUCGAAUUGCGAGCAACGAAGUAAUGCAAGGAAUAAUUUAUACCGUACUGCGUACCGAUACUGCAAAAAUUGCACCGAGUAUCCUAUAAUUUAUGUCGUUUUAGCCAAUGUAUCGGGUAAUUACUUCCAGUCCUUUCGAAUACAAUUGCAUGCAUAUGUACCAUAUGAAAUUACUAAUAAUUACAAAAGAGAAGAAAAACGAAUAAAUAAAUAUCACGUAAUUCCAUUCGACAAGGAGAUUUAAUAUCGAAGCGAAACAACGAUAUCCUAUUUAAGCAAAAGAAUCUUACUAAAAUUCUGUGCAAUAAGUCAUGAGAAAUGGACAAACCUAGGAACGAAUAAAACGAGAGUAAUUUACAUCAACAUCGUGUUUGCGAAAUGAUUCAACAGCCGCGUAGAAUGGAACGAAUGAUCGGACGGUGAUCGAAAUCAACAACAACGAUUAAACUCGCGAUAUCCAUACGUUUUAUUUACAUGGAUUUUCUAUCGUUGAUCCGAAUUUAUUUAUUGUUUCGAGGAACGGUCUAACGAGUAACAUAUCGCUACUUAAUUUCGCGAUGUUCAAACUAUCGCAGUCGUUGGUUAGUCAAAUGACUGCAAACGUUUGUCGUAUACGUAAUAAACGUAAACUCGGUGUAUCGCAUAACGUAGAAAACGAUCGUAUUCGGAAUCAUCUUAUUUUUACCCAAAAUAUACGAUGUAGGAAAAA